ACCGCGAAAAUGGCGAGCUCAGUUUUGGCUUUGGAGCCCUUUUCAGGCUGCAGACCGCUCCAACCGGCUGCCUCAAUCACCCCCAAAUCAUUUUCAAGUUUGAAGUUCCGGAAAUCUCAACCUGUGAAAUUCAAAUGCGAUUACUCCUGCUUUGAAGUCAGAGAUGUGAGCUACCAACCGCCAGGGACCGAGCUCAGCCUUCUAAAUGCUGUUAGUUUUUCGCUUCCGGAGAAGAGCUUUGGCUUGAUUUUUGGGAGGAGUGGUAGCGGAAAGACUACUCUUGUGCAGCUGCUUGCAGGGUUAAACAAACCAACUUCAGGUUCAAUUCAGAUUCAAAAAUAUGGAAAUGAUGGCAAGCCGAUUCGGUCUCCGGAAUCCUUAUCCACAGGAAGAGUUGGCAUUGUAUUUCAGUUUCCAGAGAGGUAUUUCGUGGCAGAUAAUGUGCUUGAUGAAGUUACUUUUGGGUGGCCAAGGCAAAAGGGAGAUCUUCAAAUGAAGGAGAAUCUUGCUCGAAACCUCCACAGAGCGAUUAAUUGGGUUGGUUUAAGUGGGAUCUCACUGGAUAGAGAUCCUCACUCCCUUAGUGGUGGCUACAAACGUCGUCUUGCCUUGGCAAUUCAAUUGGUACAAAUCCCAGAUUUAUUGAUAUUGGAUGAACCUCUUGCUGGUCUUGAUUGGAAGGCACGUGCAGAUGUUGUGAAGCUACUACAGCAUCUAAAGAAAGAAUUAACCAUACUUGUUGUCAGCCAUGAUCUCAAAGAGUUAGCAGCUUUAGUUGAUCAUUCUUGGAGGAUGGAUAUGGGUGGCAUUCUUAAGGAGGAGCCUCUGCCAAUUUAAUUUCAAAUUAUGCUGGUGCCUCCUGAUAAUCUGACGCUGCAAGGUAUGAUUGUGGCAUUUAUUAGCCUAGAGGCUUGCAUUCACCAACUGCCUUAUUUAUCAUGUUCAAGUAUCUUCUCGACCGAGGAGGCAGUAGGACAAUGUUGCUGGCCCAGAAAUAUCUGCAUACCCCACAAGGAUCUCUGGAAGUAGACUAAGGAAGGAGAAAGCUGGUGUAGGCUUACAGACAAGAGCAGUGCAUUCAUUCACGUGUCUUUGACUAGAUCUUCUAUCAGUGGGGCUUGAAUAUUACGCAAAGAGAAAUGAACUACUAAAAAGAAGGUGAGGAGUCCUUGAGUGUCUUUGUUCACUCUUCAUGAGUUUGGUGUAUUCCUUUGUGGAGGUAAGUUUCUGCUAAAAAUGACAACAAUUCGAGUUGGAAUUGGUAUACCAUCUUUGUUUUUGUUUCUUUUUUCCUUUUUUGCAUGAAAGUAUGAAACGAUGUAUGUGUCUCCCACUGUAAUUAAUUGAGACAAGCUUUGCUCAAAUCUGUCAAAGUUGCAAUCAAUAAUGCUCAAUUGGGUGCUGAGCAUCCUCAUUUUUAGCUACCCAACAAAGAGCUACGAUACGUAGGUGUCAGAUAUCAGAAUCACUGACCUUCAUUGCAGUUUCGAUACACACUACAACAAACGUAAAGUUUUGCAAGCCCUCAGGAUGGUGACCAUGGAAUAAUAAAUGUUUUUAUUAUUGUUCUCA